AUGAUGCCGACGUGCAUGCGCCGGGAGCUCAUCCGGGAGCGCCGGGGCUUCGACUGCGCGUGCGAGCGGUGCGAACUGGGCGAGGACGCCUUGCGCAGGCGCCGCUGCCACCUGUGCGGGGAGGUCGCGCUGGGCCCGGCGGAGCCGCGGCUGGAGCGGGCGGCCUCCCUGUGCCGCUCCUGCGGGGCCCGCGGCGGCGCCGAGGGCGGCGAAGACGAGGUCCUCCUCGCACGUCAGGCCGCGAAGCUGAGGGUCUCCAGCGGCGCCGACGCGGCCGUGCAGCUGCACGCCAGGUGCAUGGAGCAGCUUGGCGAGACGCACUGGGCCACGGCUAGGUGCUGCUGCAUGCUGCUGCUGGCGCUCGCGGAGCAGAGCGCCGAGGCCGAGGCCGACGCCGCGCGGGCCCGGAGCCUCUAUGACUUCCAGAAGUUCCUGCGGGCGUGCGAGUUGACGGAGGCCGUCCCGAACCUGCACCACAUCCUCACCAUCCACCUCUGGCAGUCUGGCCUCCUGGACGUCCAGGUCUGCAGAGACAUCCUGCCCCUGUACCAGGCGAUACACGGCAGAAAUCCAACCGCCGUCGGUAUCGCGGACGCGCUCGGCAAGAGCAUGUCGCCCAUACAGAGGCUCAAGUGCUCUGACGGCUACUUUGCGCAGCUGGCACUUCUCUUGAGAUCGAGGAUGCCGGGGAGCUCGGGCAUGGUCUUCGGUGGCUGCGCCACCGCAUUCGCCAUCGGCCUGGCCGUGGCGGUGCAUGCGCGCAGAUCCGCUCCUGCGUACAGCUUGCCGCGGCCUCCGGCGACCGCCGGCAGCCCGCGAGAGAGCUCGAACUCGAUGACGUCGGCGGCGGAGAAGCCCGCCGAGGAGGCCCGGCUCAGGACUGGACCCCGGACAGGCAGAGGCGGUGCAGCUGGUCGGAGGGGCGGGCGCGGAGACGGCGCGCAUCAGCACGGAGGCCUUCGGUUGCGAUCAUCGAAGACUACCUGGAAGCGCUGCUGCCAGACACUAUGUAGCGCGACCCGGUGA